CCGGUGUGUCGCUCUCUGUAUUACGGGCCCCGGGACUCAACACGGACACACUGUGCGAGCUGCGUGCACACUAACUGCGCAUGCGUGCAGCACAGAGACACUAACUGCGCAUGCGUGCAUGACAGAGACACUAACUGCGCAUGCGUGCAAGACAGAGACACUAACUGCGCAUGC